GACGUGGCGCAGCCGCAAGCCCGGCCUUUCUUCCGGCUGAGCUGGAGGCAGUGUGUACAGCUCUGGAACCAGCCAAGCGGGACUGAGGGACCGGCAGCCGCUCAAUCCUGUGGUAGAUUUAGGAGAUGCCUGGGACAAGGAGGCCAGCUUCUCCGGGCAAAAGGAAAAGGAGGUGACAAACGUUGAGACCACUGAAGGGAACCCAUGGCUAGGAUCAGUUUUUCUUACCUCUGCCCAGCCUCCUGGUACUUCACUGUUCCCACAGUGAGCCCAUUUCUCCGUCAGCGGGUGGCAUUCCUGGGAGUGUUCUUCAUAUCCUGUCUCCUUUUGCUUAUGUUAAUCAUGGACUUUGGACAUUGGGGUGCUUCGUUACCAAGCGAUAGGCUAUAUGAAAGGUAUUUGGCUCGGGUAGGGGAGCUUGAAGCUACUGACACGGAAGACCCAAGUCUGAAUUAUGGCCUCGUGAUAGACUGUGGUAGCAGUGGCUCCAGGAUUUUUGUUUAUUUCUGGCCAAGGCAUAAUGGGAACCCUCACGACUUGCUGGACAUCAAACAGAUGAGAGACCGCAACAGCCAACCUGUGGUUAAAAAAAUCAAACCAGGAAUCUCUGCAAUGUCAGACACUCCAGAACAUGCCAGUGAUUACCUUCGUCCUCUUCUGAGCUUUGCCGCUGCUCAUGUGCCUGUGAAGAAGCACAAGGAGACGCCCCUUUAUAUCCUCUGCACUGCAGGCAUGAGGCUUCUUCCUGAGAGGAAGCAGUUGGCUAUCUUGGCUGACUUAGUGAAAGAUUUACCUUUGGAGUUUGACUUCCUCUUUUCUCAGUCUCAGGCAGAAGUGAUCUCUGGGAAGCAAGAAGGGGUUUAUGCAUGGAUUGGUAUCAACUUUGUUUUAGGAAGAUUUGACCAUGAGGAUGAAUCAGAUGCUGAGAGUUCCCAGGAAUCAGCCAUAGGACGCCGAAGGACUGUGGGGAUACUGGAUAUGGGAGGAGCCUCUCUCCAAAUUGCUUAUGAAGUUCCUACCUCAACCUCUGCUCUUCCUCCAAAACAGGAAGAAGCUGCCAAGAUCUUACUGGCUGAGUUCAACCUGGGCUGUGAUGUACAACACACUGAACAUGUGUAUAGGGUUUAUGUCACAACCUUUCUGGGUUUUGGAGGCAACUUUGCCCGGCAGCGCUAUGAAGAUCUUGUGCUGAAUGAAACUCUUAACAAAAACAGAUUGCUGGGCCAGAAGACAGGCUUGAGUCCUGACAAUCCAUUUCUGGACCCCUGCCUGCCUGUGGGACUGACAGAUGUGGUGGAGAGAAACAGCCAAGUCCUGCAUAUCCGAGGAAAGGGAGACUGGGCAACUUGUGGGAUGAUGCUGAGCCCCCUGCUGGCCCGCUCCAACACCAGCCAGGCCUCACUGAACGGCAUUUACCAAUCGCCAAUUGACUUUAACAACAGCGAGUUCUAUGGCUUCUCAGAGUUUUUUUACUGUACAGAGGAUGUGUUGCGCAUAGGUGGCCACUACCAUGGGCCAACAUUUGCGAAGGCUGCUCAGGAUUACUGUGGCAUGGCCUGGUCAGUACUAACUCAGAGAUUCAGAAAUGGCCUCUUUUCUUCACAUGCGGAUGAACAUCGACUCAAGUAUCAGUGUUUUAAGUCAGCUUGGAUGUACCAAGUCCUACAUGAAGGAUUCCACUUUCCCUAUGACUACCCAAACCUGCGGACAGCCCAGCUGGUGUAUGACCGAGAAGUUCAGUGGACACUGGGAGCGAUUCUCUAUAAAACUCGAUUCUUACCACUCAGGGAUCUUCGACAGGAAGGUGUCCGACAAGUUCAUGGUAACUGGUUCCGUCUCUCCUUUGUGUACAACCAUUACCUAUUUUUUGCCUGUAUCCUGGUGGUGCUACUGGCCAUCAUCCUGUACCUUCUGCGGCUCCGCCGAAUUCACCGCCGACAAACUCGAGCCUCAGCUCCCCUGGACUUGCUGUGGAUUGAAGAGGUGGUGCCAAUGAUUGGGGUACAGGUUGGACCAUGAGGCGGGACCAGAACUGAAGAAACUGAAGUAUCCCAGAAUUGCUGCUCAUUGAAUUCCUCCAUUUUUUUCUUUUGUACUGGCCUCAGAUGCUGCUUUGGCCUUGGAAUUUCUACUUUAAUUUCCAUUUUAAUUCCUUAGUGCCCAGGUCCUCUUCUCAGAGAGAAACUAUAAUUUAUUCUGUGAGGAAUUAAAUGAUGAGGAUUGGUGCUAACAGAGGUAACCAAGAUUAGUCCAAUUGAAGCAUGCUUCUAUAUUUCAGAGAUCUGGUGUAUUCCUGGGAUUUAGCAAUCCCCCUUGCUAAAGCAUCAAGUUUGGCAUUUGGCAUAGUGGAAGCCUGAUUGAAACCAAACUUGAAGCAUCAGAUCUAAAACCAGACAUACUAGCAAGUGCAGCAGCCCCUUCUUUCUCUGUAACAGAGAUAUCAUUUUGUGGACAUCCACAGCCUUUAAUAGGGAUCCAAGAUCUUUGCAGUUCAAUGGACCAUAUAGGAAUUUCCAAGCAACCAAAAUGACACAACUUCCUUGCUUACUUGACAAAGAAGCUGUUGUGGGUAUGAUCUAAGACCCUUGGCAGUGUUGGUGUUGGUAUAUUGUAAAAGGUUUAGAACCCUUUAUAAAUGGGUGGUCCAUUACAGUCUUACAAUAUUUUAUCUUAUGCCUCGUCUGACUACGCAGGAAAUGUUUUCAUGUCUAGGUGCUUCACAGGCUGUUUGGGCAUUAAUUUUGCUUUUUGAGCCUUAAGUGUGCUUCUAGGAUAGAGAAACUAUUAUAUUUGUAUGGUUUCAAAAACCUGUCAUGUAGGCAUAUUUUUAUGUACAGCUUCAAAGAGAGUUCCUUUAUUUCAUUGCUAAGAUCAGUAUGUAGUUUGGGAAAGGAUGUAUUUGGUUUGUUUGACAAGAACAGUGUCAAGAGAGUGGACAAAAGCAUAUAAUGAAAGCUUUAAAAAAAUCUUUUUCUUAAUUUCUGAUUCUUAGAAUGUCUAAAAGACAGCAAAUGCUAAACUUUGGAAUAAAUAGAUAAAUUUCCUAAGAAGCCACCUGGCAACUUCCAGAACAUGUAUUAAAAGAUUGCUCAGUCAC